CCAAAGCAGAAAAAAUCCUACUGGACGGCGCAGAGGGCAGAUAGAGCAACUCAACCAACAUAUCAUAAAAUAAGUGUACACAGAGUCUCAAAACCAAUCUUUUUUUACCAACCAAAUUAUAUGCUUUUGCUUUUGUUUUAGAGACACAAACUGAUAAUACCCUUUUCAAUUAUGUGGGUGCUCUGCUCUGCAAUUUCAAUGGCUAAAGCUCAGAGAAUAUGUGCUCUUCUUUUCAGGCUUAUUGCCUUUGGAGCUACACUAGCAGCAGCCAUUGUUAUGGCUACUAGCCAUGAAACUGGUUCCUUAUUUGGUCUCUCAGUUGAAGCAAAGUACACUGACACUCCAUCCUUCAAGUACUUUGUGAUUGUUAAUUCUAUUGUGACUGUCUAUGGUUUUCUGGUUCUCUUUCUUCCUCCUCAAAGUUUGCUCUGGAGAUUAGUUGUGGCCAUGGAUGUGGUGUUCACUAUGUUGCUCACUUCAAGUAUUUCAGCUGCCUUGGCAAUUGCUCAAGUGGGUAAAAAUGGAAAUUCACAUGCAGGUUGGUUCCCUACCUGUGGUCGAGUUCCUAAAUUCUGUGAUCAAGUAACAGGAGCAUUGGUUGCUGGCUUCAUUGCUGUCAUAAUUUAUGCCAUUCUUCUCCUCUAUGCUAUCAACAAUUUCCUUAAUCCUCUCCUUGUUCAAAAAACCUAAUUAGGGUUUUUGUAAUUUCAUUUUCUUUCUUAAUUUGUAUCUUUCUGUAUAAUUAUAAUGCAUGUGAACAUAAAAUCCGUCUUUUUGUCUAGACUAAUUAGGUGGUAACUUGUAAUUUUGAUCUCCUAAUUAUCUUUUUUAUGUUCAUUUUUAGCUCUUGAAUAUUAUUAUGUUUGUAUGUA